GAUUGGUCAAAAAUACCAUGUGACCUAAUGACGAGUAAGGAAGUGUUUCAAAGGUGAAAGGGACGCUGGGAAGAAACUGUUUACCUGCACAAUGGCAGCUUCUAAGAGGGUGGCCUCCAUGCGUCUGCCCCCGCUGCCCACAGUGGGCGAGCUGAUAAAACUGUAUAAACUUCGAGCGGAGAAACAACUUUCCCAGAACUUUCUGCUGGAUUUGAGGCUCACAGACAAGAUAGUACGUCAGGCUGGCAGUUUGAAGGAUGCCCAUGUGUGUGAGGUGGGUCCUGGUCCUGGGGGGCUCACUCGCUCCAUCCUUAACGCUGGAGCUGCAGAUCUGCUGGUUGUAGAGAAAGAUUACCGCUUCAUCCCCGGGCUACAGCUGUUGUCUGAAGCAGCUCCAGACAGGCUGAGGAUUGUCCAUGGAGACAUUCUCACCUACAGGAUGGAUCGGGGAUUCCCAGCAAAAAUCUCCAAGCCUUGGGAGGACGAACCACCAAACCUUCACAUCAUUGGGAACCUGCCGUUCAAUGUGUCCACACCCCUCAUCAUCAAGUGGCUGGAAAGUAUAGCCAACAGAAGUGGGCCUUUUGCCUACGGACGCACUCGGCUCACACUCACCUUCCAGAAAGAGGUGAUGGAGAGGCUGACGGCCAGCACAGGCACCAAACAGAGGAGUCGUCUGUCCAUCAUGGCUCAGUAUCUGUGCACCGUCCACAAGUGUUUCAUCAUACCGGGACGAGCUUUUGUUCCCAAACCAGAGGUAAGUCGGUUUAUUUAUCUAGAACCUGGCGGCUCCACGCCUCAUUGGAUUAAUUGCACUCCCUCUCUGGAUGGAUAUGUUCGCUGGCAAGGAGCGUACUCUGUCUACAUCCCCAAACGCGCACAUCAUUCAUUACCCCCAAAUUCCACUACCUCCGCUGCGCUCCGCUGCGCUCCGCUCCGACACGAACGCCGGAGCAAAAUCGGUCCCGUUCUAGUCAAUCAGAGCAAUUCCACUACUGCGGCCGUGCUCCGGCAGUGCGGCGCCGUGCGCCGCCCUCUGUUCCGGCGUCCGGCAAAAAUAGAAUCGAUCCUAUUUUUGCUGGACGCCGGAGCACCUCCGCAGUCAAUGGACAGAAAUCACAACCGCCCAACAGGAAAAGGAGCGAGCACAACUUCCGUUUUUCACAAUAAAUCGAUAAACAAAAGGCGUUUUUUGUUUCAUAUGCACAGGUUUAACAACUUUUAACAACUAUCAGUGGCGGCUGAAGUUUAAAUGCACAAAAGUAAGCCAUAAAUACAGUUUCCACUAUCAAAGUAGUCACACUUUGUUGAUCCAAACACUGCUGAUCUCUCAACACAACUGAUGGGCAGAAUAAACAGUUCAUGCUGAUGCUUCUCCCAAACAACGGGUGUUUGGAUCUAACUUCUGCGUUUAUUGCUCGGACUGUAUCGCAAGACCUCGAAAAUCCCGCGCAUGCUUGUUUGCCCACCUCAGGUCUCCGCACCGGAGCGGAGCCGUUGUAGAGCGGGUAGCAGUAAAAAUUGAGUUCGGAAGCGAGCGGCUGCGGAGGGCGGGGUCGGACCGGAGCGGAGGUAGUGGAAUUUGGGGGUUAGGAACGCUGAAAUAAAACAUAUUCAGUAUCAGUGUUUGAGAGGUGGCAGCUGGCAGAUUUCUCCCCUCAGGUAACUCUGGGACCUCUUUAUGUCUCUGCUCCUCAUCUGGUCCCUCAUUCCUGUCAGCGUCCCUCAUCCACCCCCCCAUUACUCACCCCGUCUUCUUGCUUGUAGGCUUCGUUUGGUGUUGAAUCAGUGCUGUCUCUCUUCCGUCUUCGGACCUUUUUCUGGGUUGUAAUGAAGCCUGGUGGGUAUUUGAGAUGUGGCACCGCGCCUUGUAAUGAGAGCCUUGUUCUUUUUUGAGGUCCGGUAUCUUUCUGCCCAUGUGAGUGCUUCAGUGGCAGAAACGAGAUGUUCAGUCUUAUGUAAUGUGAGGAUUUUUCUUUUAAUCUUCAGUGGGAGGAUUCAUGGUAGGACCAGGGAAUCCAUUAAAAGAAUACAGCACCAGUGUUGGAGAAUAAGGCCCUCGUGUGACGUGGGUUUUAAUUUACAGACAUAAAAGCCUUUUGAAAGUCUCCGGGGCUUUUUUUUUACAUCUUUUGCACAAAUCCAAUCUUGUUUUUGUAGUGUGUGAUUAGAGAAUAGGUGUUGGUUUGUUGUCAGAUGGGCUGCUGGUCCCUCAAAGAGGCUCUGGCUCUUUGGGAGACCCACUGUUGGUAAAUAUUUAAUUUUCUGCAAAGAGUAAAAUGCUGCAGAGUGAAGAGAACAAGUAGUGAUUGUUCAUUCUUUCAGAAGAGAUGGGUCCCAAUGAUUAUUUCAUCACUCGGCUGUCUUUUUUUUAAUGCUUUUUUCUCUCUGGCGUAUCUCACUUGUCUGUUUGUCGAACUGCAGCUUAAAAGGUUGCAGCAGGAAGUUGGAGCUUUCAAAUCUCCACACGCAGGUUCACGUGCACACAAGAUAGCUUUUACACCCUGUCAACGUUUGAUUGAGAGGAUCCAGUUGCUUGUUUUCCCUCAUCAUUUAUUUUUAAAUUGGUUUAAAAAUGAGCAAAGACGGCGUCUACAGGGAUGACGCACCAUGCCGGCAAAUCGGCGUAAUAUUACCGCAGUGGUUUGUCUAUAACCGCCAGUGUUGGGCAAGUUACUUCAAAACUGUAAUGCAUUAUUUAUUACUUGUUACCCUCAUUUUGAAGUAAUUCAUUACAUUACAAUAUUACUGAUUUUAAAAUGUAAGGCAUUACACUACUUUUGCAUUACUUUAAGUUACUUUCACCAAAACAACUUCAGUAUGAAUCUGGUCAUGUGACGCUCAGUGAGCUCAUGACAUAUAUGUGGAAGGUGAUGUGGUGUCUGAGCUAGGAUUGCUGUUAUAAACAGUCAGAUAUAAUAACAGUGCUUUAAAAUGAUUGUUUAUUAAAUAAAAGCAACAACAAUCUGUACUCUCAGCACGCUGCUAUCUUAUAUUAACUGAGCAGGGAGUGAGGUGGUGGGGGCUCCAAGCCCAUAUUUGCCUUGGUCCCCAAAUGCCUUGAUACGGCCCUGGAUGUGGGACUGACUUCUGGGGUGAUCUGAUUCUAUCACAUGUAUAAAUAUUAAAUGCUUAUUUAUUAUUGCUUUUCACUGGUAAAAAUGUGUAUUGGGAAUAAAUCUACUGACUUUUUUCUUUUCAAGCACUUUGUUUUGUUUUCUUGGUUUUAUGUGAAUAAUUUCCGGCCCUUUCUCUCUCUAACCUUCCUGCAUGCUGCAUGUUUUCUCCGUCUUCCAGAAAAACUGUUUCCUAGAUUUCCUACUUUCUAACUAAUCAGGGGAUCUAUCAAAGGGAUCUAUCGAACGCAAAAAAAUAAAAAUUAAAAAAUUAAAAAAAGCUUUAACUGCGCUGCGCUCCAGCAGCAAUGAGUUGAAAUCACCGGGGCACAGAUUAUGAACUCAGCUGAAAAGUACAUGAAGUACCAGAGAAUAUGGGCUGAUAUAAACGAUCGCAAACAAAUGACUUUGUUUUGGUGGAGCGAUUUUGUGAAUAUAACAGCGGCCGCGCGCAGGACACAGCUGGAGUGUUUGAGCCGUUACCGCUGCGUCCUCUCUGCUCAUAGAAUGCCCGCAAAGCUGAGUCCAUAAAUGACGUCGUAUAUGUGGAUACUGGAUCUGUUUUCAGGCUUCCUGCAGUUUGAAUUUUUAGGAAACCCACAUCUUGAUUCUGGGUUUAAAAAUGCAUUGUAAUUACCGCGUUACUGACACUUGUACUGAGUAAAUAUUACCAUUUUGUUUCCCUGUAAUGCCUUACAUUACCACAUUACAGCAAAAAGCUAUGCAUUACAGUAAUUAAUUACAUUUGUACUCCCAACACUGAUAAACGUGCCAUGUCGGCAUUCGUUCCGCCUUGCUUGGUAGUAAUAUUGCGGUAAUGGUCUGUCGUAUGCGUCCUGGCGCAACAGAGGCAGAUGUCAUGAUGAUGUGGGGAGUUAUUGCUGAGCUUCGGCUGGCAAAUGUAUUGAAAAUGAAAGUAAACACGGGCAGUAAGGUUUGCUUUUUGAACAAAAUCAGCUGAGAUGGCAAACUGGAGCGCCGCAGCGCUCCAAGAGCCUCUCUGUUAGAGCUGAAGCUCAGAUCACAGGGUAUCCGCGGGUCCGUAAAAAGUCUUAAAUUAGCUUUUCCUAAUUUAAGGCCUUAAAAGUCCUUAAAAAUGACAAAUAAUCCUUAAAUCCAGUUUCCAAAGGUCUUAAAUGACCAAAGACCCAAUAAACAAGAUUCUUUUAUUUUUAUAACAAUUCCGUGAAUUUCUAGUUAGUGUUCAGCAUUUUUUGUGUAUGAUGUUGACGUAAGCGGAACCGUACGCAGUCAGUUGGUUGUGAAAGGGGGCUAUUUUUUUUAGAUGAGUACAUUAGCUGGUUAAGCUAGUGGGAGCUUGCGCCAUGGGAAAGGGCAAGUUUAAUGGUAAACUUAUGGUUAAUCCCACGUUCGCGACGUGGUUAGCACCGGUUCCAGGCAAUAGCUGGAAAUUAUACCUUAAAUUUAAUUUUUAAAAUAGCUUAAAUUUGGUCAAAGUGGCCUUAAAAAGGGUCUUAAAAAGUCUUAAAUUUAGCUCCCUUAAAUCUGCAGAUACCCUGGAUCACCAGAGACUGCACAGGGUCUGAUGGGGACAGACACCUUCAGGAGCUGCUUGUUAAAAAAAUCGCAAUAAAAAGCAAGUUAUGUCCAAGAUAAACGGAAGUCCACAGCAGCGCAGAGACCGCCCCCAUCCCCCCUUUAUGCCGCCAUCACCUAAUCUUUUAUAAAAUUGCCGCGAUUGCGCCGCAUUACCGCCACGGUCUGAUCUUAUAAACGACCUUUAUCCUCCCCGGGGAGCCGUGGAAAAUCCCGUUUUGCAAACGCUCUGGUCCUGUAAAAACAGCUCAAUGUACCUUUACCAGUUUCACGUAGUCACUGAUAAACUCUAAACACAUCAGACCUCUGAGAGAACGAGCACCAGAGCUCAGCUCAUAACAAAGGGUUUGGUAACACAACACUAAAGAUUACUGGUCGUGGGAUUCAGAGAUGCUGCUGGGUCUUAGUAAUCUCAUUUAGAUGCUCCUUUAAUGCUUCAAGCACGUUUUCUUCUUGCAGUCUUACAAAAGUCUUACUGCUUUAAAUUAUAAAACAAUAAUUCAUCUGAAAAGUUGGUAAAAAUCAAAGGAAGACUGUAGAGUAGUGGUGUGCAUCUCUACCUGCCUCAUGAUUCAAUCCGAUUCCCAUUAUCUGUGUAGCGUAGAUAAUCUACAUAACCAGGAUGUAACGCUGUUGCUGUUCAGCUUUGUUAGAUUCUGAGAAAGAUCAAACAAAUUAGCAAAUAAAGCUUAUAUCAUGUAUAAAUAUCCUGGAUAUUUAUACAAUCGAUAGAAGUUCAUACACCAACGGGCUUGGUCUAUGUUUAAUCCAAAGAUUAACAUUUAAUUUAAGAGAGGUUUAAAUUGAUAGCAAAAGUCUAUUUAUUAAACCAGAAUACUUAAUGGAAUCUUUGCUUAUUCGAUAACCAAAUAUACACCAUUCUGUGUUUCUUGUCAAAGAAGAGUCAGGUUUAAAAAGUUAAGAAUUUAUUACUAAUAAUUUAAAAAGGACAGUUUAUAACAGCUUUGAUAUUAAAACUUGGUAUUAAAAGCAACCUGUGUCUGAAUGGAAGCUAAAAUGAAAUGCCUGUGUUGGAUGCAUGGAUGGAUUCUCAGAAGGCUCCAAUCAGAGAGAGAAACGCGUUCUGGGUGAAAUAGUUGUUUUGCAGCUAACUAAGUUGUUUCUUAGAGAUAACAGUAUACAGACGCAAUCUGUCAGUAGUGUCUGCCUCACCCAGUUAGGAGACCCUCUGUUUGAUCCGAGAUGUCAGGUGGAGAUGAUGACCUCCGAGCACGAGGUGGGUAGAGGGACCUUGGUGCGACCAAAUCAGUCCUGAGAUGUCUCCGGUCACAACGACUGAUGAAACUGGAGGCUUCGGGCGGCCGACCCUUAUCAUCUGGGACUCUCGUGCCAUGGAGAGAUUUUGGUUGGUUCAGAACUGUCAGCUUGAACUGAGGAGUUUGGUUUUAACAAAACUCAGGACACGCCCUCUCAGAGAUAGAAAGCUUUGGUUAUGGAGCAAAGACAUGCGAGGUGGUUACCUUUAACCUGAAUUCAGCGUCCUGCAUGGUGUGUAUGAGUGUACACGACCUUCUGGUUACUGAUCAAACAUUACUGAUUAUCAUAAAUAAUGAUUAUUAUUAACCAAAGAAUAAUAAGUAAUUUCAGUAAUUAAAUACAUUUAUAAUGAACUAUGAUGAUUAUUUAUGAUGAUUAUUUAUUAACCUUGUAAUAAACAGUGAAAAGAGUUUAUUAAAAAUGAUUAUUUUAAAUCUUGAAGUGUCCUUCAUCUUGGGACGGAGCAGCAGUCAGAUUAAAGAUGGUUUUAGCAGACUUUACGUCUCCUGUGAUGGAUAAUCUGUGGACAGAAGUACAACUUGACCCAGCUCGACCUAGCUGGGGAAGUGUGACCUUUGGGUCAAAAAUGAGGCCAUUCAUGUCACUACAUCUGCCUAAAGAUUCAAUUUGAGUCUGAAAUACAUCACGAUUCUUCACACAAAACUUUUCAUUACUUAAUAAAAGCAGUUGCUUAUAUAAUGUGCUGUUAUUGUUACGUACGACUCUGUUGCAGCAGCUUGUUUUCUUAAAGUGGCAGACCCUUUUAAAUGACUCACUCUGGAAGGUACUGAAAAUGUCAGGAAAAAAAACGCUGGAAUCGCUUUAUGAGAGAGGGGUUUUGUGCAAAGCUCUUUGAACGUGUUUUUUUUUAUAGACGAUAGAACUUUUAAAAGUUCAAACAGGAUAUCCGCGGGUCCUUAAAAAGUCUUAAAAAGUCUUAAAUUUACUUUUCCAAAUUUAAGGCCUUGAAAAUCAUUAAAAAUGACAAAUAAUCCUUAAAUACAGUUUCCAAAGGUCUUAAAUUAUCAAAGACCCAAUAAACUAGAUUAUUUUAUUUCUAUGACAUUUUCGUGAAUUUCAGCAUUUUUUGUGUACGAUGUUGGCGUAAGCGGAACCGUACACAUUCAGUUGGUUGUGAAAGGGGACUAUUUUUAGAUGAGCACGUUAGCUGGUUAAGCUAGUGGGAGCUUGCGCCAUGGAGAAGUGCAAGUUUAAUGGUAACUGGAUGGCUAAUCCCAUGUUGGCGACGUGGUUAGCACCGGUUCCAGGCAAUAGCUGUAAAUUAUAGCUUAAAAUUAAUUUUAAAAAUAGCUUAAAUUUGGAUCUGGAUCGAAAGGAGUCAGUUGAGGUGGUUUGGGCAUCUGGUCAGGAUGCCUCCUGGACGCCUCCCUGGGGAGGUGUUUCGGGCAUGUCCUGCCGGCAGGAGGCCGCCGGGUCGACCCAGGACACGUUGGAGAGGUUACAUCUCCAAUCUGGUCCGGGAAUGCCUUGGGGUCCUGCCGGAGGAGCUGGUGGAGUUGGCCGGGGAGAGGACGGUCUGGUGCUCCCUAGUUGGGAUGCUGCCCCCGCGACCCAGACCCGGAUAAGCGGAGGAAGACGACGACAAGCUUAAAUUUGGUCAAAGUGGCCUUAAAAAAGGUCUUAAAAAGUCUUAAAUUUGGUUCCCUUAAACCUGCAGAUACCCUGUCAAAAAAGUUCUGAGAGAAAGCAGUCUUUUUACAUUUGUGUCCCCGCUUGCGCUGAGGAUGGCCGUAGAAGGAAGUUCACAUGGAGAGUUUUGUUGCUGGUCCUCCUGUCAGGCGCCAUGCAACUAGCUACAAAGAUUACAAGAUGUAUGAUCUGAUGAAAUGUCACAAAAGGUAUUGUGACAUGAGCCUCACUGCUUUUGGGUUGACAUUGGUAAGAGAUGCAUCUGCUUAACCCCCAAACCAUAACCUGCAGAGCUUAUUAGAGUCAAAGUGCUGCUUUGAGGGAUAAUCGUCGUCCACUCUGAGGCACUGCAGCCCAACACAGUGAAUAUUUGUCAGCCAUGAUUAGUUUCUACGAACAAAGCAAAAGAUUUAGUUUAAUAUUACUGUGAAAAGCAGGAAAAUAUGUAAAACUUGAACGAGUCUGAAUAUUCCCAAACUUUUAAGGACACAUGAAUCGGCACCUUUCAUGUGCAAACCCUGGCCAUCACUAAAUGUUUUAAUGGCCACUUGGUCCAACUUGUAUCAUUAGGAGAGACCAUGACUUUUUGAUGGGCAGAUUUCCUGCCGCCGGUGUCCUGCAAAAGAUCAUGGAGGGCGUGCAGCGUUCUAAUGCUAUCAUCACCUCGGCAUCAUGCAGGCCCUCUUUUUAAUAACAUGUCACGCAGCGUGAAUCAUAACAUUUCUAUGGCGCUGCUUUGUUUACUGGUGCACACCAGAGUAAUUACGCACAACUGCAUAAACAAUAAAAAUGUCCUGCCUGAUUUAUGGAUCUAAAUUAAAGGCCGCAGAGAAAGGACUAAAGGGAAUAAAGAUUUCCUGCAAAAGCAAAGGAUUUUCUAUAAAACGCAAGUGUGGAAAACACUGAUAUGACACAAAUGAGCCACAAAAUCAAAGUCAGAUGCUAAAUAAAAUAAAGAUAUCUUUCCUAAUGAUAGCUUGUCUGCUGUAAAUGAGAGUCGAUGCAAAAUGAGGCGGGUGGUUUUAAUGCUGUAGCUGACCGAGGCUUGUUAAAGAAAAAAACAGAAGCAGAUCAUAAAAACAGUGUUGGACAAAAGUUUGUUGCCUUUGCUGCAACGCCUGUGCUUUUUCGUGUGUGUGUGUGUGUGUGUGUGUGUGUGUGUGUGUGCGUGUGUGUGUGUGUGUGUGUGUGUGUGUGUGUGUGUGUGUGUGU